UUUUUUGUGCACGGACUGUUAAAAAAUUUGAGUCAUUAUCAGAUAUUACUCAGAAAAUGAAGGUAAUCAAAAAGUCAUUAUAUUCAAUUUAAACGAUUAUUUGAAAUUGUCAUUCUAUCAUAUUGCUUCUCAGUCAUCAAACGAUCCUCGAUGCAAAGGUGUAACAGUAAUCGCUUUCAUUAUUUAUCCGGCUGCCGCAAACUCGUUCAAUGUCGAGUCGCUGAAAGGCCAAGCUGUCUGCAAACAACUUCGUGAUACUAUAGCAAAAAUCAAGGACAAUGUGGCCGCGCGAAUGUUUGAAAGUUGCUUGAAAGGUCAGCUUCCCGAUAUGGAGAAAUUGCUUCUGCCGGAGGAAAGAAUACAAUUGAAGAGAUGCAUUUUAAGUGCAAAGCGUGACUGCCUUCCACCAAUUACUACCCAUAAUAUGGUUGAUGAUGAACAUGACCCAGUACUGAACGCUUUUAGAAGAACACAAUUACUGAACCGUAGAACGGAUCGAGUCAAAGUGAUAUUUCAUCCAGAGUUCUUGUCUUCUGUUUCUCCGCUUAUGAAUUUGGAUUACGAGGACUUUGUAAGGGGUUGUCACUUGGGUGUCUUCCCUAGUUACUACGAACCGUGGGGAUAUACUCCAGCUGAAUGUACGGUAAUGGGAGUCCCUUCAGUAACCACCAAUUUAUCUGGUUUUGGCUGUUUUGCUCAAGAACAUAUUCAGGAUCCGCAGUCUUAUGGUAUUUUUGUCAUAGAUCGCCGUUUUAAGGGAGCUAACGAGUCAAUAGAUGAACUAGCAAGACAGCUUUAUGAUUUCACCUUACUUUCACGACGGCAGCGCAUCAUCAUGCGAAAUCGUACGGAACGUUUAAGUGAAUUGUUAGAUUGGAAAACUCUGGGAUCGUUUUAUCGAGAAGCUCGCCGUAUGGCCUUAAAUAGGACUCACCCGGACUUAGGGAGUGUUAUUCAAGAAACUUUGCGAAAAAUGCCUCGACCUAUAUCUGCUCCAUCUACUCCGGCAUCUAGUCGUCCUUCCUCCCCUCAAGAAAGUGACGACGAAACGGAUACAGAAGAACAGGAAAACUACGAAGCAGCGUGGGCAGAAAAGAAUUGA